AUGUCUGGGGGGGAGCAGACUGUUCGUGAUGUUGAGGAGUAUUUCCAGGAACGAGGGCCAACAGUCACAUUCAGCAAUUUGCACUACUGUGUUCAGGAGAGGCAGCGCUGCUGCAAGAAAGGUCCUGAAAAGUACAUCCUCAACGAUGUAAGUGGUAUCAUGAGACCGGGGAUGAAUGCUAUCAUGGGCGCCACAGGAAGUGGCAAAACAUCGCUUUUGGAUGUAAUCGCAGGAAGAAAAGACCCUGCUGGACUUCGGGAAGGACAGGUCUUGGUGGAUGGCAAGGCCGUCACCUCGGAGCUCAGGCUCAGCUCUGCUUAUGUGGUUCAGGAUGAUAUCCUGAUGGGCACACUGAGCGUGAGAGAAAACCUUCUGUUCAGCGCCAACCUGCGUCUCAACCCUAAGCAUCACUCAUCCUCAGACAAACGCAGCAGGGUAGACGUCAUCCUACAAGAGCUGGGCCUAACAGACUGCGCAGACACUAAGAUAGGAACAGAGUUUCUGCGUGGCGUAUCAGGAGGUGAAAGGAAGAGGUGCAGCAUCGGGAUGGAGCUCAUCACGUCUCCUUCUCUGCUGUUUCUGGACGAACCAACCACCGGACUGGAUUCUAACACUGCAAACUGUAUCAUCAAUCUGCUGCACAAGCUCUCCAGAAAGGGUAAGACUGUGAUCUUCUCCAUCCACCAGCCACGCUACUCCAUCUUCAGACAAUUUGACCACCUGACUCUGAUGCAUAAAGGAGAGAUGGUGUACGCAGGGGCAGCAGACCAUGCGCUUGAAUACUUCACAGACCUUGGCUAUCAAAUAGAGUCCUUCGAUAACCCUGCUGAUUUCUUCUUGGACAUCACAAAUGGAGAAGCUAAAUGCACAUCAGAGUCACUCACUGCAGCUGAGGGUAAAAACCCGUUGGCCAUCAAGUACCGCCAGUCCAAACUGUGCCAGGAUGUGAUCGAGGAGUUGGACCAUGUUUACCAGAGCGUUGCUGAAAGGGUCAAAGGUCAAGACAAGAAAGUUGACUAUGUUACCUCUUUCUUCUACCAGAUGCGUAUUGUGUGUGGCAGGACGGUCCUGAACAGUCUGAGGAACCCUCAGACCUCUUAUGCUCAGCUGGCUCUCAACAUCUUUUUUGCUAUUCUGGUGGGACUCAUUUAUUACCAGAUGCCCCUAACACUGCCCGAGGGUUUACAGAACAGGACUGGAGCAUUCUUCUUCCUUAUCAUCAACAUGGUGUUUGGAAAUCUCUCUGCUGUUGAGCUCUUUAUCAAUGAAAGGGCGAUCUUCAUUCAUGAGAACUCCAGUGGCUACUAUCGUACUUCUGUCUACUUCCUGUCCAAGAUAAUUGCUGAUCUCCUCCCCAACCGCAUUAUUCCCAUCUUUGUUUUUUCAGCGAUUGCCUACUAUAUGAUGGGAUUGAAGCCUGCCUUCCUGGCCUUCCUGUGUUUUGCACUGACGAUGUCUCUGGUCAGCCUGGCCGGAGUUAGUCUGGCCUUCCUUGUCUCAGCGAGUGUAUCCUCAUUUGCCAUGGCUAAUAUCCUCAUUGCUCUUCCCUUCGUCUUCAUGAUGGUCUUUGGUGGCUUUCUUGUCAAUCUCAAUUCCAUGCUGAGCUGGCUCUCCUGGCUGAAAUGGUUCAGUGUCUUCAAAUAUGGAUUGGAUGCGACAUUCAUCAACGAGAUGACAGGACAGUUCUUCUACAGCAACACCACCAUUAUCCCAGGAGAGCUGUUUCUGGAAGGCCAGGGCAUCGAUUACUCUGCGUGGGGCUUCUGGCAGAACCAGGUGGCUCUGCUGGGAAUCAUAUUGGUCUGCAUGUUCCUGGCCUAUGUCCAGCUGCGGCGAAUCAACCGCUGGAAAUGA